AUGAAGCUCUCGUGGCUGGGCGUGGAUGUUUCCCGAGUGUUGCACUUGGCUGCCGUCUUCUGCCUGACCUGCGUGCUGCUGAAGGCCAUCCAGCUGUUCCACCGGCGGCGGGAGCUGCUCCGGGCGCUGGCCGAUUUCCCCGGCCACCCGACACACUGGCUCUUCGGCCACGUCCACGAGUUUCUCAAGGAGGAAGAGAUGCUGGACAAGGUGGAGAUCUGGGCACAAAAGUACCAAAAGGCUCACCCUCUCUGGUUUGGGAGUUUCUCAGCGUUCCUGGUUGUCACCCAUCCUGACUAUGCCAAGGCUGUGUUGGCCAGAGGAGAUCCCAAGGAUAGUGUGAGCUAUAACCACCUUGUCCCAUGGAUUGGGAGAGGGUUGCUGAUCUUACAUGGGCCAAAAUGGCACCAACAUCGCAAACUCCUGACUCCAGGGUUUCACUACGACGUCUUGAAACCAUACGUGGACCUGAUGGCAGAGUCAACUAACGUGAUGCUGGACAAGUGGGAGCAGCUGGUUACAGAGGGGAAACCAGUGGAGCUCUUUGAGCAUGUUAGCUUGAUGACUCUUGAUAGCAUCAUGAAAUGUGCCUUUAGUUGUCACAGCAACUGCCAGACCAACAGGCAAAACACCUACAUCCAGGCUGUCUAUGACCUCUGCCUCAUGGUGCACCAGCGCCUCCGCAUCUUCCCGUACCACAAUGACAUCAUCUACUGGCUCAGCCCCCAGGGAUAUCGGUUCAGGAAGGUCUGCCAGCUCGCUCAUGACCACACAGACAAGGUGAUCCAAGAGCGAAAGAAGUCCCUUAAAGAUGAACAGGAGUUUGAAAAGAUCCAGAAGAAGAGACAUUUGGACUUCCUGGACAUUCUACUGUGUGCCAAAGAUGAGAACGGAGCUGGACUGUCUGAUGAGGACCUGCGUGCUGAGGUGGACACAUUCAUGUUUGAGGGCCAUGACACAACAGCCAGUGGGAUCUCCUGGCUCUUCUACUGCCUGGCGUCAUACCCAGAGCACCAGGCACGGUGCCGGGAGGAGAUCCAGGGGAUCCUGGGGGACCGGAAGACACUUCAGUGGGAGGACCUGGGCAAGAUGACUUACAGCACCAUGUGCAUCAAGGAGAGCCUUCGCCUUUACCCACCAGUGCCUGGCGUGUCCCGGCAGCUCAGCAAACCAAUCACCUUCCCUGAUGGACGCACCCUGCCAGAAGGCAGCAGCAUUGCAAUAAGCAUUUAUCUCAUUCACAGAAACCCUGAAAUAUGGAAAGACCCUUUGGUUUUUGACCCUUCUCGGUUUUCCCCAGAGAACAGCUCUAGCAGACACUCUCAUGCCUUCCUGCCUUUUUCUGCUGGAUUGAGGAACUGCAUCGGGCAGCAGUUCGCCAUGAACGAGAUGAAGGUGGCACUGGCCCUGACCCUGCUGCGCUUUGAGCUCUCACCUGACCCCAGCAAGUCUCCCUGCAAAAUACCUCAGAUCAUCCUUCGCUCCAAAAAUGGGAUUCACUUGCACCUGAAGAAAAUCCACUGA